GUGUUGACAACCAGGACUCCCGGGAAAGCGGGGAGAGACUGAGCGAUCGGAAAUCACCUGCGGAGACCAAGUGACAGAAACGAUCGGCCUCCGGCUCUUGUGUCUCCCUCACAGACAUGCCGGCGGCACAGGAGCUGGGAGCGGUCCGGGCACCGCUACCGGCGGCUAGCAUGGCUCUGCCCGUGGACUCCAAACCGGCGAACGGCAGGAAAAUAGCCCGUCCCGUAGUGAGGCUUGUGGUGACCGAUACAGACCUCGGCGAUCAGGAGGCGAUUCCAUUCCAACCCAUGGAUCUGGCUCGUGUGCUGAAAUUCUUUGAAGAUCCAUUCUCUAGAGAUUUAACAGAAAGGCAUGUGAGGACUUUGAAAAAAAUAGCCAAACACUAUUGCAAUGGUAUUCCUUUGAAGGAUUUGACACAAUUAAUGAAAAUUCUGAACGUUUGUGCCGCAAGAGUAGGAGACCACAAAGAGUUUAUAGAUCCCAUGUCUGAUCUUCUAAAGCUCUUUGGACUACCUUUUCUGAAGGAGAAGACAUCAGACGAAAUAAACUAUGCCCAAGAUGUUGCAGAGUCAAUAUCCCAGUUAGGCUGUCUGAUGAGAGUGCCAAGUUCUCAGUUGAGGAUACAGAUCUGCAACUCUAUUGUCAAUUUUUACAACCCACAAACUGUUAAACAACAACUUGAAGGUUUUCAACCAACAAAUGUGAAUUUCAAGAUUCAGAUGGCUGAGGCUGGAGGGUUGGCAGAGACCCUGGUUUUGUCGCUUACACUGGUGGAGAAUCGCAUGCAGGAAAAAAUAUCUUUGCUAAAAGUAUUACAGCUGCUGUCUAGGACGACUGAGAAUUGUAAGCUUAUGACCAAAGCCCAGGCUGGUAGCAGAAUAUGUUCGCGUCUGAAUGACCCCGAUCCAUCUGGACAGCUGCUUUUCCGUUCUUCUGAAAUCUUGUGGAACCUUCUGGAAAAUGGACCUAAGGAGGAGCUCGUUACUCAGCUGAGCAACAUAGAAUGUAUCUAUGCAUUGAAAGAUUCAUUUGUUGGACUUCUCACAAAUGGUUACAAACAUUAUGAUUGUCAGCUUAGGAAUGAUCUGCUUGUAAUCGCUACACUGAUUGCAGAAAACAGCGGGCCUCCAAUGAUUGAAAGCGGAUUUGCCAAGCAGCUCAUCCUGUUUGCUACUUUUUCCGAAGUUAAGAGUCACAAUCCGUUGGUUAAAAGUCUAAAACUUCUACACAAUAAUGAAGACUUUGAGAUGAAGAAAUUGCUCUUUAACAUUAUUGUGGUCUUAGCCAAAGAUGAAUCUGCCAUCCAGUUGCUCUGUGAUGGGAAGGUGGUGUUGGCUCUCUUCAAUUAUGUGAAAGCUAAUGAAAAGCCUGGGAUCCAUGACUGGCCCUCUGCUCGGUUUGAAGACCUGCAGCUUCACGCCAUCGCAACCCUUACAACAGUGGCUCCCCUACUGCUAGAGGACUACAUGACCUGCCAAGGGAGCACGCGGAUCCUUCUGUUCCUUGAAUGGUGCAUCAGUCAAGAUGCGUUCUCUGGCGCAGGGAACUGUUUCCAUGGCGCCGGUGGUCGUGGCAACAAGCAUGCUCAGAUGCGGUACAGCUUGAGGCUGCUGAGGUCUGUUGUGGCCGUUGGGGAUGAGGCUGUGAAUCAGGACCUUUGUGAUCAGGGAGCAAUUAGCCAACUCUUAGGGACAUUAAGGAAAAUAUUGACUCACACGGAGGGAAAGGAAGACUACGUUCUUUUGGAAAUCCAGGCUGAUAUCCUCUUUAUUUUGUCAACAAUUUGUGAAAGUGACCUUCAUAAAAAGGAGCUGUUUGGCACAGAAGGGGUCGACAUGCUUCUUCUGUUACUGAGGAUGGAGCCCUCUAAAUUCUACAGCGGUUUGGGUCACAACAAGCUCCUCUUCUGUACUUUGGACUGUGUCUGGUGCUGUAUUUUGGGAUGCUUCACUUCUGAAGACUAUUUUCUUGAGAAAGAAGGAAUGUUUAUCAUUUUGGAUUUAUUAGCGCUUAACAUCAAAAGCAUGACCAAUUUAGUACUUGGAAUAUUAGUGGAAUUUUGUGACAAUCCUAAAACCAUUCCGCAUAUCGCAACGUGGCGCGGUAAAAAGAACGAGACGGCCGCUAAGCUUCUGAUACAGUUGUGGAAACAGGAGGAGGAGGAAUUGGGUGUGAGACGUGAUGAAUUUGGGUGUAUUAUUGAUGCAAAGAAGCCUUUAGUGGGACAGUUCCAGGAUGCUCAGGAGAUAACGCCAGCGCCCGGCAGCUGCUUCAGCGUUGCUAUUAUGGAAGUUGCAGAAAACACUCGAGCCAAAAUUUAUUCUGUUUUUUGCAAAAUUGGUUUUGAAAAUCUCCCCGGCCUGUCUGCCCUGGAUUAUGUGACACUAAGUGUGAUAAGCAGGUAUCUGGAAUUUAAGGUUGGGGAAGUAUGGAGUGAAAUCAGAGCAGAACUGAAAGCUGAAAACAUCAAACCUGUAACCUGUGAUCAAGAAGUCUUGGACGUUAUCGCAAAAGCGUCAGAAAAUAUUAGUAAAAUUGUUGCCUCUCACCAGACUGAGAUGAUUGAAAACCACCAACAAAUGGAGCUUCAAGAAGAACAACAGAAAUAUACAGAGAUAAAAGCAAACCACAAACAGAGGGAAAUAGUAAUGAAAUCAUGGGAUAAUUUCCUUGCGCGGACAUCAAAUUAUGAAGCUCUGAAGAAAGCAAAACGACUUCAAGAAAAAUCCAUUGAAUCGUCAAGACCUAAAGUAAAACCCAAAAAUGCAAUUAUGCACUCAACACAUAUUCCUCGCCUUCAUACAACAGUUCCUUGUGGCACGGUCGUGACGGUAGAAAGUACUCCAUCUCAUCUGAUAGGAGGGCCUUUAGCUGAUACAGACAUCGCCCUAAAAAGAGUUUCUAUCAGGGGUGGAGCACUACAGAAGACAAAAAGUGUUAAGCUUUUAGACCAACAUAGCAAAGAUUAAGGAAGAUUGUCUUUCAGAUACAUAUUCAGGUGUAUUUUAAUGUAACCUGUGUACAGAAUUUCAGUUCCAAAGGCAGAAUCAGACAGCGGAUUUCCACCAUACGGUUUGCCCUUUCACAUUUAUAGUUAGCCCUGCUUCAUAUCCUGGGUGAUGAAUUUCAGGUAUGAAUGUUAUACUCGCAUAGUGUGAGGCUGCGUGUACCAGACACACUGCAAGACCCGAUCUGCUGCUCGAUUGACAACAGAUCGAAUAAAUAUGAAGCAAAUUAUCCAAUCUGGAGCAACAGAUCGAAUA